UUAAAAGCGCCUUCCGCGGACAGCUUACAUUUUGCAGAAGAUGAAGAUGAAAAUUACGAAAUCAGGUCUAUCCAUAAUUUUCCCAGAGGUUUUGCAUUCGGUUUUAUGAACGGAAGAAUACAUUUAUACGAGCGUGAGACACCGCACAAGUUUAGAAAAAGGACCUUGUUUAGAAUUCCAGACAAAACCGUUUACAGAGAAUAUGACGAAGGAGUAAAGGAAAUUAAAACAACAGUGAAUUGUAUCAAAGUUAAUGCUGCUCAGGAUCGACUAAUAGCCACUUGUAACGAGAGUCAAAUCUAUCAAGUGCGUUUGUGGCUUCAACAAGACUCUGGAAAUAUCGAAAAUAUGCAUGAAUAUGGCUAUCCCCUGCAUCUUGGCCCUAUUGGUAGCAUGUCGAUUUGCAGAUGGAAACCUAUUUGCAUUACUGCAGGUUCAAAGGACCGUUCAUUGAAAAUUUGGAACUACGAAACAAACGAAAUUGAACUGGUUCAAAAUUUCGAAGAUGACAUUCAUUCAGUGGCACUGCAUCCUACAGGACUCUAUUGCGUCAUCGGAUUUUCGGAUAAGGUGCGGUACAUGACGAUCAUGAUUGACGAUAUCAUCACCACCAAGGAAUUCAGUAUUCGAAGCUGCAAAUUGUCCUCGUACAGUCGGAUGGGUCAUGUUUUUGCCACCACCAAUGGAACUGUUGUUCAGAUUUACUCCAGCAUCAGUUUCGACCUGAUGUACUUGUUGAAAGGACAUAACGGCAAGAUUCGUUGCAUGUCAUGGAGUAAAGACGAUCGCCUACUUGCAACCUGUGGUUCGGAAGGCGCCGUUUACGUGUGGGACGUAAGCGAAUCCACCAGAAUUUCGGAGACAAUUAUCAAGUCCAAUCCAUUCACCGCAGUUUCAAUUACACGGAGUGGAAAGGAGACGUACGCAGUUGGUAAUGACGGACACAUCAGAGAAUUGAUCAAUUCCAAUGUGCACAGAGAUGUUGUGCUAUUACCUCCAAAUGCUGGACUAGAUUCCGUAGUACUUUCUCAAUUGGAUACUAUGCUGUUUGUUGCAGGCAAUCAGGGAACUGUCUACAGCAUCAAAAUGCCGUUACUAGAAAAAGCCGAGUAUAUUGAAUUUGUGAUGCAUAGAAGAACUAUAACCCAGAUGCAUCUAUCCUAUGACGAUCGAUUCCUGUUGACCGGAGGAAUAGAUGGCAGUAUUUGUUUUUGGAAACUGGGCAACACUGAAGAGAAAUCGAUCAAGCUUGACAAAGAGAUCGCUUCAUCCAAUGAAAUUUUAAUAUCCAGAGAAAUUCUCGAGGAUAAAAUGGAUCAAAUUAAAAAUCUACAGUUGAGGUUGAAGGAGCUGGAGACUGAACAUUCUUACCAGAUGAGGCAAAAUGAUGCUUUACAUUCGCUGAAAAUGAAAGAUAUUCAUUCAGAGUAUUGUCAUGCCAUAGAAGAGUUGAAAAUAAAAAAUGAGCAAAUGGAAUCUGAGCAUGUUCAAGAGAUCAACAACAUCAACGGCCAAAUAGCUAAAAUGAGAGCUGACCAUGAACUGGCCGUACAGAAACUAGAAGCCAGCUAUAAUGAAAAAUUGAUCAUCGAGUACAAGAAAUUUAUGAGGUAUGAGAACAAGAUGUGUCGAAUGCUCAAAGAGCAGGAACAACAAUACGAGAUUUUGCAGAAAUGCAAGGAGGAGUCAGAAGACUCUAUUACGAAUUCACACCUUGAAAUAAUUAAGGAAAAAGAUAAUAACAUAGAAGAGCUGAAAGAAAGGAUUCUGAAACUUGUGAAAGAGCAUGAAUUAAUCAAACAACAAAUUGAAGACGAUUGUGAUAGAGAAAUCUAUGAGCUGAAGGCGGCUAAUGAAAAAGACGUCAAAGAGGAGCAGGAUCUUAAUGUCAGAUUGAGAGGGGAAGCUGCUGUCGUCAAAAAGAAACUACUAGUCACACAAAAGGAAGCAGACGACUAUAAACAUCAAGUAUACGUUCUGGAAAAUGAGCACAUAAAAUUCAAAUCGAUCAUAAUGACACUGGAAAAAGAUAUCAUUGAUAUCAAAAAGGAAAUAUUGGAAAGAGACAGCACAAUAGAAGAUAAGGAGAAAAGAAUAUUUCAACUCAAAAGCAAAAAUCAAGAACUAGAGAAAUUUAAAUUUAUUUUGGAUUUUAAGAUCAAAGAAUUAAAAUCUCAAAUAGAACCCAGAGAACGGACAAUUCAAGAACAAGUUACGCAAAUUAAUGAAAUGGUGCGCGAGCUAGAGAAUUUGCAAAAGGUUAUCCUAAACUUGGAUACCCAGAUGGCGGAAGGCCGAGCCAAGUUAGCGGCGGCGGUGAACGAGGUGCGAAAAGAGGUAGAGAAAAAUCGUGUUAUGAAAAAGGCGCUUCAGGCUAUCAGAAUGGAUAUACAUCAUGCCAGUGGAUUUAUCCAGAAUGUGCCCAUGUUACAGAAAGUUGUUAAGGAAAUGUAUCACAAGUACAACGCCGACAAAGAUUUCGAAGUCAGUCAAGCUGAAGAUACAGAAGCCAAAAGUGAAUUCUUGCGACAGAGAGAUUUUCUGGAACGUACGGUUUCUACUUUGCACGCACAAGCAACCAAAAGUAGCAGUACACUGAGUUUCGAUAAAGUGAGAUUGGUUGAAGAAAAUGCUGCUUUACUAGUCGAGACGAAUCAACUGCGCAAAAACCUACAGGUUGAAAUUAAUCAGAACAAAAAACUUAAUUCUAUUAUUGGAAUGUCUUACGUUACACCCAAACUUGCACAGAAAAAAGUAAACCUGGCAAUAUCGACUAAAGAAGAAAUUCAUAACAAAUACAGGAACACUAUUACUAAAAACGAAGCAGCCAUAGAAUCAUUGGUCCAGGAAAACGAAAGGCUGUUGAACAUAAUCGCAGAGAAUGUAGAAAGGGCUGAAGCAGAAGCUGAUGAGGAAGGGCAAAAUUCUAGAGAUUGUUCGCUGAUGCCACUUUUACAAAAAAAAAUGACAUAAUCAAGUCUAUGUUGUAUCUAUUUAAAUAAAUUUAUACCUAAUUUA